GGGUAUGGUAUGUAUGUGUGUGCCGACACAUAAAUGAGAAACAACUUAGGCAAGUUCCAAGCAAUGGAGCAAGAGGUAGGUAGACAUAUAUAUAUGUAUAUGCAAAUUCCGAGAAAUGCAAGAAGAAAACAAGAUGUAAACCAGAAUUUUUAUAUGGACCUGGCAUAAAAUAUCAACUUUCCCCAUCAUGCCAACGUGCUGUAUGUUGAAGGGAAUGAAGAAAAGAGAUAUAACAUACUCCAACGAGUAUGCUCCUUUGGUUCCCCCAAUCCACAUGAAACGAUGAAACUUACUGCAAAUUUUAUCCUCAUCGCCAUAUCUUUUCUCUACUGUUUCCCAGCCGUUGCCGAAAGUGCGAACCUCAAAACUUUCAGUGCAGAAUACGGCCAUUUCAAUCCAUCACACUACGAAAUCUUUGAGGUUAUAAGUCCUGCACUCAUCAACAACGGUGCCCUUCAGUUGACCCCAGAUUAUUCUGCUGUUGAAGAAGACAUGAUGAUGACUUACAAUUCAGCAAGAAUCCUCCUAAAACAGCCUUUCAAGCUGUGGGACGACCAUGCGAGCCAACCCAAGGUAGCAUCUUUCAAUACUUCCUUUCUGUUCAAUGUUUACAGGAUCAGAAAUGAUAACACCACAGGUGAAGGCUUGGCUUUCUUGAUUGCCCCUGACCUCCUCCUGCCCCCCAACAGCUUCGGCCAGUUUCUCGGCCUGACGAAUUCAAUGACGGACAACAGUCACAGAAACAAGUUAAUAGCAGUGGAAUUUGACACGUUCAAGCAGUACUUUGAUCCCGACAACAACCAUGUGGGAAUUGAUGUGAACAGUGUCAGGUCCAUCAAGACUGAGUCUUUGACACCCCACAACAUUACUAUUGCCCCAAUAGGAGCCAGGUUCUACAAUGUUUGGGUGGAUUAUGAUGGCCUUAAUAAGGUCCUUGAUGUGUAUAUGGCAGAACAGGCCGAGCUUAAUGGUGCCAUCCCACCCAAGCCUAGCUCCCCCAUAUUAUCAGCAGAUCUGAACCUGAGAGAUUAUGUAAAUCAGUAUUCUUACUUUGGGUUCUCAGCAUCUACAGGGAAUGACUCCCAAUUGAAUAGUGUAAUAAGGUGGAAUUUGACUGUCCACUACUUUCCUGAUCCUGAUAAAUCGCCUGAUAAAUGGCCUGAUAAACGGCAGAAGAUAAUGCUGGGGGCUGGGGUGACGGUGCUGAUGCUGGUGCUAGUGGGUGCAGCCGGGUUUGGAUAUUGUUUCCUCAAGCAGAAAGAGGCAUCCUCGAAAAGCAACUUGUUGGGAAGACUGAAAUGUCUGCCUGGAACGCCGAGAGAGUUCAAAUACAGUGACCUGAAAAGGGCGACCAACAAUUUUCAUGAGAAGAACAAGCUUGGACAGGGAGGUUUUGGAGUGGUGUACAGAGGGUUGUUGGCUAAGGAGAAUACAGAAAUUGCAGUAAAAUGGUUUUCCAGGGAAAGUAUUAAAGGGCAGUAUGAUUUCUUGGCUGAGCUUACCAUUAUCAACCGUCUCCGGCACAAGCAUCUUGUCAAAUUACUAGGAUGGUGCCACAAGAACCGGAAGCUCCUGCUCAUCUACGAGUACAUGCCUAACGGCAGCCUAGACCAGCACCUUUUUAUUGGGCCAAACAGAGAACCCUUGGAAUGGGAUCUCCGCCACAAAAUCAUUUCAGGGGUGGCUUCAGCUCUGCACUAUCUUCACAAUGAUUACGACCAUAGGGUGGUACACCGAGACCUUAAAGCCAGCAACAUUAUGCUUGAUUCUGAAUUCAAUGCUCGUCUAGGAGAUUUUGGCCUUGCAAGGGCGCUGGAAAAUGGGAAGACCUCGUAUGAAGAGGCUGAGGGAGUGCUAGGCACAAUGGGAUACAUUGCCCCGGAAUGUUUCCUUACGGGAAAAGCCACACAACAUUCUGAUGUAUAUGCAUUCGGGGCUGUGUUGCUGGAAAUUGUUUGUGGACAACGACCUGGGACAAAGAUUGCUGGCUUCCAAUUCUUGGUGGAUUGGGUUUGGCUGUUGCAUAGGGAUGACAAAUUACUUGAAGCUGUGGAUCCAAGGUUGAGCGACAAUUAUACAGCUGAAGAAGCUGAGAGACUGCUUCUGCUGGGGUUAGCAUGUUCACAUCCUAUAGCCAGUGAGAGGCCUAAAACACAGGCCAUCCUUCAGAUCAUAUCAGGAACGAUGCCAGUGCCUACAGUUCCGCCCUUCAAGCCAGCUUUUGUAUGGCCUGCAGACGGACCAAUGGAUAUGGAUUCAAUCGGAACAAUGUCAAUUACAAGUUCAAGUUUUGUUUCAGGAUCAAAUCCACUGGAAUUUCGUACAGAGGGUGCAAUGUCGGACACAUCUGCUCUUUUGGUAUAGCAGCUUUAUCGAAAAAAUCUCUCAGCAGUUUAUAUUCUUUAUUCUCCUCUUUUCCUCCUCCUUUGACCGCAUAGCCUUCUUCUCUAACAAAUCUUGUUUCUAUCCCAUUUUCACUUAUGUAGGAGAUUAUCCGACACUGACUUACUUUUUCACUUGUUUGGAGGACAAAAUUAUAUUCAUAAAUUCAUUAUUAUGAAGGAAAGAAUCAUAUCUCAAAUUAUUAUUGGAAACUAAACUAACACAAUCUUAAUUUCUUACGUGGUACCUCGUAGGAAGAGAGAUGGACCUUAUAUACAAGACUAGAUAAUUCCAGAAAUCACUAAAUUUAGCUGCUCGACUCUUUACUGAUACUAGUCAUUAUUCCUGCAAUAUCUACAUAGAAAAACAAACAAAUUAGACCAUUGAACAUAGUAACGAAUUCAGGACUAAAAAGCAACAUAAAACCUCGCUCCUCCCAAUCAAUACGCGCACGCAGACCACAUAUCAAACAUGUCAUGGACACUCCCGGCUAGAGAAGUAAGAGCCAAAGACAACGCGGAACUCAGCAGCUACUACAAGCCCACAAGACUAUAACACUCGGCAAACAAAACAGAAUUUAUAACAGAAUGACCAAUCUGAGAUUUUGAGUGUUGCAUGCCACACUUUGGCUGAAUGUGGUUUACAGACACGCACAUUGGUUGACACAUGCAAACGUACACACUCUCAUUCACAUUCCAGUUCAAGAAUCCUUCAGCCGACCCCCCAAAUCCCUAGAAAUAACAAGACGUCAUAUCAAUCUUCCAACCCAAACCAAAUCACCCGCAAUGUGAUAAAAAACAGAUCUUCAAUCAUCUCAGCUCAAGAAGUAGUACAGAACUAAUUAACCACCAAGAGCUAAACUUGCUACCUU